GAUCCUGAAGAGCUUCGUUUGCAUUUUCUCUGUUUCCUAUCCUCGCAAAGUAGGCCUGUGCGAUUCUACGCCCACUCAUUUCAAUUUUCAUCCAUACGAAAGUUAAACAAUUAUCCCGUAUCCGAAACAUACCAAGGGACCGUCAGCCGCUUCGGCUACCACGUUAAACCAUGGCACAACACCCAGACAUGAACAAAUCGUGCAACAAGAAACUCCCCCAAUCCAAAGCGGCCAGCCUAACCAUUCGCCCGGCCCCAUUCAAACCAACCCUCCUCUCGAUUCCCCCAUCCCCGUUCUCCCCUCGCAUCCCAAUCACGCCCGAGUUCCCCUCCCUCAACCAGAAAGCGAUAACCAAAGCCGCCGCGUCAACUACCACCCUCUCAACCCCCCCUCCUCCCUCCCCACUCCAAUGGCUUUGGCAAUGCCACAAAUGCUCCCGCACUUACCAACUCGGCGUGACCCGCCGCUGCCUCGACGACGGGCACUUCUUCUGCGCCGGCACCACGACCAUCAAGUCGUGGCGCAAAUCCGUCAACCCACGCCGCGUGCGCACCCACCGCGCCUGCGCCAGCGAGUUCGACUACCAGGGCUGGAAGACGUGGGGCCAGUGGUGGCGCGGCGGCGGCGGCGGCGGCGACGAAGACGUGCGCAUGGUCGACGCCGCGACCUCUUCAGACGCGUACUCGUUCUCCUCGUCGUCCUCAGACACGGAGAGCGAGCCAGACGCCAAGCCGGCGAAGAGCUGCUGGGACCGGUGCGACUACCCCAGCGAGUGCAGAUGGGGCAAGCAGUUCGGCGUCCACACGCCGGCGAAGACGGAGUCGGUCGGCAUCCCGCUCUGCCCGCCGCCGCCGCCGCCGCCGCCACCCCCGGAGCCAACGCUCGAGAUGCAGCUGGAGGGCUUGAGCGAUGAGGGGGUGAAGAAGGGCGGGAAGUCUGAUUUCUGGGGUGCGCUGCUGGCGAGCACGACGAGGCGGAAGACGGCGGGGUCGUCGUCGCCGCUUGCGCAGGUGCUAGAGGAGCCGGAGAGGGAGAGGGAGGGGCCGAAGACGGUGACGCCGCCGAGUCCGGCGCUGCUGGCGGGUGGGAGUGGGUCCGCGGCGAGUGCGCUGGGUCAGAGUCUUACGGCGAUGGCGCCGGUGACGUUGAUGGACAUUAUUACGAAGAAGGCGAAGAAGGGGAAGGGGAAGGGGUUGAAGGCGCCGGAGCCGGUUGUUGUAGCUGGUGGUUCUGGGGCUGAGCGUGAGGGCAAUAGGGUUGCGUUUGCUGAGAGUAAUUCUACUGCGGUGCCGGUAGGUUCGGUUGAGAGAGUCAAGGGGAGUGAUAGUGGGUAUUUUAGUCAUGGCGAGGACACGGCUGGGAAGUAAAUAGGGAUGUGAAAGGAGUAUUUCGGAUGCUGCUGGAAUCGAGCUGGUCUUUGGAUUCUAAGGUUGAGAUAUAGGACGAUAGUAGGAUAGUAUUAUGCGAUUGUAAAGUAGGUGUACGAUACACUUCAAUCCCUGGUUU